AUGGCGUUUGCCAUCUUUGCCGCAACAGUGACCGCGCAGGGCCAGUUCAACAUUGCAGCAUUCCCUGCUGUCAACGAGGUUCCACCUGUCAACUCUACCGAAGUCAAAGAGUGGCUCAAAGGACUCUCGUUCGCAGAUGUCCCUGCUCUGCCUGUUCACACCGGCAAUCCCCCAACAUGCCCGCCCCUGGCAGCUAUCCCAGCUAAUCAAUGCUGGUGGACGUGUCAGAGUUGUCCAGCGGAUGAUAUCGAAACUUGCCCCACGCCCGGUACCUGGGGCCUCACAUUCGACGAUGGUCCUACCCCAAAUACUGUGGGCCUAUUGCAAACAUUGAAGACGAAUAACGUUAAGGCAACGUUCUUUGUCAUGGGAAGCAACGUUGUCCGGAACCCAGAAGUGAUGAAGCAGGAGGUAGCGGAUGGUCACCACAUUGCAUCCCAUACCUGGUCUCACCACCCUCUCACCACCCUCAGCAAUGAGCAGAUCGUUGCCGAGCUCAAAUGGACUGAGAAGGCCGUCAUGGACACUACAGGGCUGCGCAUGAAGUACAUGCGUCCACCCUACGGCGACAUUGAUAAUCGCGUGCGAGCUGUCGUCAAGAAGUUGGGCUACAUUAUCGUAGAUUGGUAA